UUGGGCAGUUUUGUGGCAGCAAUUGUUUGUAACUUCCAUUCUGUAGCCCUGCGGAGGCAGCCCACAUCAUAGGAUCGAGCCAAAGUAUAACCAUGGUUAGGAAAGUAAUGUUGGCUGCAACGCAGUUUGAGUGCACAGCAGACAAGGCCGCGAAUGCUGACAAGGCCGAGGAGCUCGUUCGUAAAGCUGCGGCCGCUGGCGCAAACAUCAUCUUGUUACAGGAGCUGUUCCACGGCCUGUACUGGUGUGCGGUGCAGGACCCCGCCUUCCUGUCCUGGGCCGCGCCGCUGGAGGGGCACCCGCUGCUGGCGCGGUUCGGAGCCCUGGCGGCGGAGCUGGGGGUGGUGCUGCCGGUCCCGUUCUUCGAGCGGCACAACAACGCGCACUUCAACAGUGUGGCGGUCAUGGACGCGGACGGCAGCUGCAAGGGCGUGUACCGCAAGAGCCACAUACCGGACGGGCCCGGCUACACGGAGAAGUUCUACUUCAACCCGGGCGACACGGGGUUCCGCGUGUUUGACACCAAGUACGGCCGGAUCGGCAUCGCCAUCUGCUGGGACCAGUGGUUCCCGGAGGCGGCCCGGGCUCUGGCGCUGCAAGGCGCCGAGGUGGUGUUGUUCCCCACCGCCAUUGGCUCGGAGCCGCAGGACCCGGCGCUGGACUCGUACGGACACUGGGUGCGCGUGCAGCAGGGACACGCCGGCUCCAACCUUGUCCCCAUCAUCGUCUCCAACCGCAUCGGGGCCGAGCGCCUGCCGCCGCCGCACCAGGCCGCCGGCAACACCUUUUACGGCGGCAGCUUCAUCGCGGGGCCGCAGGGGCAGGUGCUGGCGCAGGUGGGCGCGGCGCCGGGCGCUCUGGCGCACGGCAAUGCCGACCCCGCGCCCGCCCGUGUGGAGGGCUUCUGUGUGGCCGAGGUGGACCUGGGGGCGGCGGCGGCGGCACGUGCGGCGUGGGGCGUGUACCGCGACCGGCGGCCCGAGCUGUACGGCGCACUGGCCACACUGGGGGGCAGCAGACCGCCGCUGUGACCGGGGGGAGGAGAGGAGAGGGGAGGGGAGGGAGAGGGGAGGGGGAGGGAGGGGGAGGGAGGGGGAGAGUGGAGGGAGAGAGGCGUGAGGAGGGGGGCGUGAGGAGAGGGGCGAGGAGAGGGGCGAGUGUGGUAAUGGCCGGUGCGGGGGUGGCACUAUGCUGCUGCGUGUCGUAACGCCGGGGCGCACACGCCGGGCUCGAGCGGGCUGUGGGUCACGUAUGGGUCGGGUGCGGACCUGUCACGUAUGGUAGUGGUAGUUCGUGGAACUGGCGACCGAACGGACCGGACUGGGCCGACAGUGUGUCUCAGGUGACACUGCGAAAGAAGAAGCGCGCUGCUGCGACUAGCCUGCGAGUACUGUAAUGCCGCCGGGGC